UGAACCAAUAGAAUUCAUACAUGUAUAAAUCAUAUAAGUGUAUGUGUUAAGUGCUUCAAGCAGAGAAUAGCGGACUACAAAUUGUUUACAUGUAGUAGAAACAUUAAAUAAAUAUAAUAACAAAAAUGGAAUCUGAUUAUGAUGAAGACCGUAGUGGUUGGGGCGAUGAAAUGGGGCGAAACACUGAUGAAUGUGGAGGAGAAGAUACAUUUGAUAAUCCACAAGAAGUUUUAAAUGAAUGUUUAGAUAAAUUUAAAACAGCUGAUUACAUAAUGGAACCUGGGAUUUUUACACAAUUAAAAAGGUAUUUUCAAGCAGGUGGCAAUCCAGAACAAGUUAUAGAAUUAUUAUCCAAAAAUUAUACUGCUUGUGCACAAAUGGCAAAUCUCCUUGCUGAAUGGCUUAUUCUUGCAGGAGUAAAAGUUACAGAUGUACAGGCAAUGGUAGAAAAUAAUUUAAAAGACAUGAUCUUGAAAACAUUUGAUCCAAAAAAAGCUGAUAAAAUUUUCACUGAAGAAGGAGAAACACCUGCUUGGUUAACUGAGAUGAUUCAACAUCCCACUUGGAGAUCUCUUAUUUACAGACUUGCUGAAGAAUAUCCUGAUUGUUUAAUGCUAAAUUUUACCAUAAAGCUCAUAUCUGAUGCUGGUUUUCAAGGAGAAAUUACAAGUAUCUCUACAGCUGCACAGCAGAUAGAAGUAUUUUCUCGUGUUUUAAAAACAGCAAUUGCUGGGUUUUUACAAAACACAGAGAACUGGCAGUCUAGUAUUCAGGAAUGUGCUAAAAUGGUAUGCCAUGGUCAACAUACUUACGUUUACAGUCAAGUAUUAUUGCAAAUUCUUGCACAAGAAUCCAGAGGUGGAUUUAUGAUGAAAAGACUUUCUCAAGAAAUUACAAAAUGUGCUCAACAGAACCGGCAUGAUGUUACUCCUAUCACAAUGGCUCUCAAUGGAGCAGCAAGUAGCCCUGCAGCAUGUCAAGCAUUGGCAUCUAUGUUAUCACGAAAUACUUUGAAUCCUGCAGAUAUUACUGUAUUAUUUCGUAAUUAUUCUGCAGCAGAACCUCCAUCAAUUGAAUUACUUCGUAAUCCUCAAUUUUUGGAAUUAUUAGUGGAUGCACUAUUUAAACCUGGAGUAAAAGUAAAUCCUGAACAUAAAUCAAAAUACAUAUAUUUAUUAGCUUAUGCUGCAAGCGUAUGUGAAAUUUCAGCUAAAAAGGGUAAUACCCGUAAAGUCAAUAAAGAUGAACUAAAGACCACUAUUCAAGCAAUUGAAAAAGUACAUAAUAUAUGUAACAUUAAUAAAGGUUCUACUGAACUUAUAGCAGAACUACAAACUCUUUAUCAAUGCAUACGCUUUCCUGUUGUAAGUGUUGGAGUGAUCAGAUGGGUCGAAUGUACUGUUACAGAACCAUCAUAUUUUAAACUAUGUACCGAACACUGUCCUGUUCAUCUUGCCUUGCUUGAUGAAGUUGUUGUUUGUCAUUCUUUAUUACAUCCAAAAGUAUUGCAACUUCUGGUACAAUUAUUUGAAAGCAAGCAAGAUGAACUUGAAAUAUUGGUACAGUUGGAAAUGAAAAAAAUGUUAAUAGACAGGAUGGUUAAUUUACUGAGCCGUGAUUGUGUAGUUCCAGUAGUGUGUUAUAUAAAGCAAUGUUGGCAGCGUGGUGACACAGAUGUCUCCUUGAUCCGAUAUUUUGUUACCGAAGUACUGGAAGCAAUUGCACCUCCUUAUACAGCUGAGUUCGUGCAGUUAUUUUUGCCAAUGGUGGAGGACGAAGAGAUUACAGGUACUAUGCGUGGAGAUAAUGACAAUGAUCUUGUUUCUGAAUUCAUAGUACACUGCAAAGCACAUUGCCCUGUCGUAAGAUGACGCUUAAAAAAUUAACAGCAUAAAUUAAGAUAUAGAUAGCCAUGACAAAGUGGAAGAUGAUUUUAUUUCAUACAUGAACUAGGAUCAUCAUACAUAAAUUAUUUCUAUAAAUGUAAAUAUUGGAUGAAUUUUCCUACCCAGCUGUGAUACAGAGAUUUACUGUUUUUCUGUAACAAAAAUUUAUUUGUUAUUGAUAUAAAAUCUUCAAAAAUUGUUAGUAAAUAAGAAACUUCAAAAAGGUUACAUUGAAGUAUGACACAUUUGAUUGUUAUGCACAGCACAUUCAUAUAAAAAAAAAUAUAUAUAUAUUAUAUAUAAUAAAGAAAUACUAUCAUAUAUAUACAAUGUUAAAAUUACACA